UGUUGUGGCUGCUCCACCCUGGGCCCAUGGUUCCUCAUUGCCCAACUUCAGGGCUGAUAAAAGGCGCUGGGGGCGCAGGGUGGGCAUGGUGUGAGGAUGCCGAGCUGCUGGGUGCUGGUGCUGGCGCUGCUGGGGGGGGCCUGCGCCCUCCCGGCCCCCCUGGGCUACACCCAGGCUCUGACCCAGGCCGUGGACACCUACAACCAGCGGCCCGAGGUGCAGAACGCAUUCCGGCUGCUCACUGCCGACCCCGAGCCCGGCCCGAACGUCCAGCUCAGCUCCCUGCGCAACCUCAACUUCACCAUCAUGGAGACGCGCUGCCAGGCGCGCUCGGGCGCCCAGCUCGACAGCUGCGAGUUAAAGGAGGACGGGCUCGUCAAGGACUGCGCUGCGCCCGUGGUGCUGCAAGGCGGCCGCGCCGUGUUCGAUGUCACCUGCGUGGACUCCAUGGCGGACGAUGUCCUCAUGAUGUCUCCAGGUUGA